AUGGAUAAUUAUAGAACUAACUAACAGAAAUAAAAAGUCCAUAGCCAUUAAAGUGAUGAUGAUUAAAAUAACAAUGAUGAAAGUCUUGAUAAUAAAGAGGAAUAACAUAAUGAUCGAAUCGAUGGCAAGAAAUCAAGCAUGGAGAAUAAUGAAGAAAAUGAAAGAUUCUAAUAUAAUUCUAUGGAUAAUUCUAUAUCUUACAUGGAGAACAAGGAAAAGACCUUAGAUUAAGAAACUUCAUACGAUGACGAUUAUAAUAUCAUAAGAAAGAAAAGUACACUUAACAAUAACCCAGGCUAAGUAACUGAAGGAGGCGAUGAUCUCAUAAGAGUGUAAAAUCCUGAUAAUCAAAAGAACUAAAACUAUACUGAUCUUAGUACUCUUUAGCAGCUAAAUGAGAUGGAAGAACUCAAAAAUAAAUUGUUGGAAUAUAAAGUUGAUGUAACUAAACUACUUGGAUCUGGGUCUCCAAAAGCUAAGUUUGCAGAUCCAGCUAAAUUCAAAGUAUAAGAUGCAGUGAACUUUAACUCAUUAUUUAUGAACAAGGAGUUGAAGUCAUAAUCAUUGAUAAAAUCUUAGUCAACUAAAGAGAUUAAACUUCCUAAGAUAAAUAAUAAAAAGUCAUUGCUACUUAAAAAGGAAGAGUUAGAAUACCAAAAAAAGAUAGUCGGUAAGAUUAUUAAUGACAAAGACUAUAUUUUAAGUAUGGAAUACCUUAAAGAGGAACCUAACCUUUAUGACAUGAAAAUGAAUCCUCAUUCAUUAAGAGCCUCUUUAAUGACUAUGAAGAGUUCAAUGAUUGAAUAAGAUAAGCAAAAGAAAAGUUUCAUUCAAUCAAUCAAAUAAUAGAGCAUGAAAGCAGCAAUACUUCCAAAGAAGUAGCUUAGAGCUUUCAAUCCUGUUGGUAGCUAAAAUUUGAAAUCAAGUUCAAUGCAAGAUAAAUUUGAUAAAUUCAAUGGCUCUCAUUAAUAAACUAUAAGUAAGAGUAACUCUCAACCUUACUUACACUCACAUGAAUAACAUCAUAUUAAGAAAGAUCAUGCUUAACUUAGUAAUGGAAAAGAUGGGCCCAAUGAAGUUGGAGCUGAUAAUGUUUAAUCACCAUUAAAUAUAACCAAAGCUUAUCAGGAAUUUAUUGAUACUAAUAGAGAAGGAAGAAACUAAAAAGAUCUGAGCCAUAUAAUAAUGCGUAAUGGUGGUAAUUUUACUCAAUCUUAGAAUCUAGAAGUAACUUCAACUUAGAAUACUUAAUUGAAAUCUCAUCUUUCAGUUGGAACACUAAGAGAAAGAUCUGGAAUACACUCACAUUCUGAGAUGAAUUUAUUUAGGUAAAAGCUCAAUUCUUCUAAUGGAAGGAAGCAUUUCUUAGUGGCUUAUGAAAUGACAAAAAUAUUAAGAGACAAUAAACUCGAGUUAGAAUGUAAUGACUACAAAAAGAUUAAGGAAAUUAUCACAGAUAUGUCAAAGAAGAGAUUUGAAACAAGGUCUAAUAGCAUUAAGAAGUCUUUGAUUCCAAACUAGCUAUCAAUUUAAGAGGCUGAAGAGUUGACGAAAAAAUUGAAUUUGCUGGCACAUUGA